AUGCUCUGUAUGGGCGGAGCGAGUCCGCUCCUUGUCAGCCUGGUACAGGCAUGCCAAAUUGCUCCUAAAUGUCGGGACAAAUCGCGCGAGCUGCUACGUAAGUUCAAGGGAGAGUAUACAAAAGCUCCAGAGAAUCCCUUAUUUUGUGGUUUUAGAAACACUAGACGAGACCACUGGUGGACGAAAAUAUAUUCCUGAGGAGAACUUGGCCAUAAUAACUUUCGAUGGGAGUUCGAGUGCGGGCUGUCGGCAAACCAGCAAUUUACCAAUGGGUUGGUUGGGGUUUGACAUUCUUUCGAUUUAGAUGCACCUGCGACGCAUGUUCGGUGGUUUGCUGCGUCGUAGCUCACGUGGUCGUUGUUGUUCAGUGAAGAUAAAAUAAGCACCUUCAGUUUGCAAAAGAUACCGAAUGUUGGAGUACAUAUUAUGGGGGAGAGUCUUUCGCCUUCAAAUUUAGUGUCUUCAGUUUUGUCUGACCUUUGUUUGACCUUUCUUGUGGAGAAUAACAUUCUGUCUAACUAGGCAAAUUUAUGUACACGAGUACCCUCCAAAGCAUAUUGCUUUUAAUAGACAAAUAUGGGGGAGCUGAAAUGGGUACUGGGACGUUUGUUUGUCCCCAAGGUAUUACUAAGUUUUCGAAAUAAGACAUUCUUUCUGAAGCCGAAUGAGGCUCAAGUAACUGCAGCUGACCCCAUAUGUGUUCUGGUCUUACUCGGUGAGCUAAUGGGGGAAAACACGCUGGGUACUCGCAGCGUAGACCCGCUGACAGUGACGCACUCGGCCAAUCAGGAGACGAACUGGGCGAGAGCUGUCCUCCACCGUCUAGCCGGACUCUGUGAACUUUGCUAUUCUUGCUUCGUUUCCGGAUACGGUGUAAAAGACGCACUCAGUGAGGGCCAACACUUCUGUUUGAGAAGCAGUGGCGACUCACGCAUGGAUCUUCCCAUUGAUGGGGAUUUGCUUCCUGUCUAUAGCGCAUUUCUUUCCCACGUUUAUCGUAUUUAAAUGAGGAGAGAAGGGCAAAAGGUAGGGAGGGGCGCAUGGGUGCAACACAAGAUCGAGUGGUUUCCCUUGUCAGCGGCGCGUGUCACACACACGUUAGCCAAUCAUUCAGCAUGAACUAGAAUUCCUUCACUUUGGUAUCAUGUUGACGCUAGUUGAUAAAGGACCAAAUAGAAGAAGAUUGAAUCAUUGCGUUCGCCUAAUUGGAGUGAGUUAUCUGGACCGUUGACGACCCCAAACCGCCGAUUUUUGGGCGUAACGAUGGCCCAACAUUACAAUCGACGAGGUUCACUUCGGCACCCAUCAAGUCGGCGCUAUUUGUCGCCGAAUUUGCUCAUAGCGCGACAGACUCGCAUUGCAUCUGCUUCACGCCCUUCUCCCAUAUCCACCGUAUUCCGAUGAAGAAACACCGUGGCCGACAAAGCUAAACAGUUAGUCACAACCUGACCGCCAAAACAAUACGUGCGGGCCUCAAAAAGCAGGCGUCGGGGAGUGCGCAAGGGCCACAGUAAGGAGCUAUCGCAACCUGACCCUCAGUACUAAGCCAGACCGAGUUAUCCCGUUUUCUGGCAGCCACCCAAACGACCACUGUUAUUGAUUCAAACGUGUUAAACUUAUUAAAGUGAGGCCUGAGCUCUCUCUCCCUUAAAGAAGGAUUCCCGGGGUUUAAUCGCAAUAUCCCCCUCCUCUGCCCUGCACAGCUGAUCUUUCCGAGCCUGUCAGCAGAUUAUGGACGAAAUUGGACGCAGCGGCGUCUGGAUCGACGCGCAGUCCCCCCCCCCUCAUGUGGGAAGGACGCUUGUAAAAUCAGACAGCAGUUCGACCGUCAUCUUCAUUGUUUAUAAACACUCGUCCUUUUUACGUAGGAGGACGUGGCUGACCCUAAUGUGCGUACCUGUGAACGGAAAAAUCCACGCAGUGGCUGUAUGGGAACGAUGUGAAUUUGGGUGCUGGGGGAUAUUCGGGUGGUUGAUAUCGUGUAAACGCGUACGAACUAAUAGAUCUCCACCGCCAUGUACGUACUUGGUCGCGCACGCCGCCAGCAUCAGGAUUUGUUCACCGACAACGACGAAAAAACCGGCUGUCUGAGAGGAACAGAUUGCACUCGGCUUACGCCAAUCGCGUAAGUGAGUUCUCCGGUGUUUUAAUUUCAGAAGUUGUAGGUGAUGAACAACCACUGAUGAAGCCUUACUGGAAGGAGGACUUAUAUGCCGCCACUGAUUGCAUUUUUGCCCUACUUCCCUCGCAGUGUUACAUCAUCCUCCUAGGAACUCCGCAUGCCAGCUGCGAUGACAUGUUAGGGAAGGAUUUUUCGGGAAAAGAGUAGAGUAUAUUCUCCAGUUUCAAGUCAUGAGCACAAGCCAACGACUGAAUAGCAAUGGGACAAACAUGGCAUCAUCAUCUAAUCGAAUAAUAAGCAAAAAUCCUUCCUUAACUGUCUACAUCUAGACCUCUGGUAAAUCGUUCUUGUUGGAGGCCUCGGGCUACAUUCCAAUAACGGCUUAUCCGACAUGGGAAAGGUCCGUUAUUUUAAGGUAAAAGGCUGAUGAGGACGCGCCAUAUUUUGGUACCCCUCAACUUACUAUUGAGCCUAUUGACUAUGUCAGCGUGAACCUCGUGGAGCUCAAACUUAACUCCUAACUCACAAUAUAAAAGCUGAUUAGAAUAUCCGGAAUGGAGGCUCGCUAAAAUGAGCUGAUUCUUGGGACAAACUAGUUUCAUGCAAAUGAUUAAGCGCGAUAUACUGCAAGAAGCGUUGUUGCCGUUCAAAUGGCAUGCGUAGUCUGCCGAUCAAAACGGUAGACUUUUGUCCCAUGGACCUCGUCUGAUUCGAGAGCUGGUGACAGUACCCGUCUGAAACAUAGGCUCAUCUGGUCGGAAAAUCAGAACCUUAUACUAUUUAGAGGAAUAUCCGGUUCCAAUUCACCUCGGAAAGGUUGCUCUGGCUUGCAGUGGGUGCUUUUCCGUUCUAGUUUUAUUUGUGGGAGAUUCAUUUCCUGUCCUCCAAGAAGUAUGCAGUUCGACAGUUAGCACAUCAGAAGCCAAAGUUGCAAGUAAUGGGUGGGACACGGGAAAAGAAACUCCGUCCUCGUAACACAGGCGGCUUUGCGCGUCAGUCCAGGGAGAUUAGGGUUAGGGCAGGAGGAUAGUUUCCCUUCCUGGAAUUCGCCGCCAGGAAGUCAGGUUGUUAAACAAGCACUUUUAAACCGCCAUGGCUGUGUGGCAGAGGGCUCACAUUCUCCUAAAAAGGUCUUUCGUUCCUCCUUAAAUUCGUAGUUCGAUAUUCAAGGUUGUCGUGCUCUUCGAAGUACGCACGACAUUGCGUUUUUUCCUUACUUAACCAAUUUUCAGAUUAUGAGACCAUAGGCAUGCCGAUAUGGUUUGAUGGCAUAAUUUGGCGAAUUUGUUGCGCGCUGUUUGCCCUUUCAACAUACGGCAGUCAAGCGACUCAGUUAACGGUAGAGGCGGAGGGUUCUGUUGAUGCUCUUUAGGAUAAAUAGCCACUUACAACGAUUCCAGUGGGUGUAUACGUCUCAAUCUCCUGAUUAAAAAAGUAGUCAGUGAAUUCUCCUAGUAAAGUUGGCGGAGUCGCAUGUUUUUAGCUGAAGUUUGAUAUCACAAUCUCUGUUUUAUUCCUGUGGCCGGUCGUAUCUCCUGGAAGAUGGUUUUGUUUUCAGCGGCAAACGAUUUUGCCUGGAAGCCCUGUGAACCUUCUGACUGACGGUGCGCCUGCGUCUUAUAUGAUGCGACCCUCACCUACGCCGAUAUUUCGCCGAGACAUCGCAAACCAGAGAGAACGGUUUCUCAAAGCCUAGGCAAUCACGAUUUUCCAACUUGUAAAAAUUAAUUCUCCUAAUGGCAGGAAAUAUUUGCAAAAAUCUUUUUGUGACGUCUUCAAAUUCAGUUUGCAGAAGAAAAUAUCAUAUAGGUUAAUAAGAGAUUAAACAUUUGGAUAUAUACACCCUUCAGGGCAUCCCGAAGCCCGGAAUUAGUGAAGCAAGAAAAUAAUAAAGUCGGUUCACCAUAACCUGUCUUUUUAUCAACACUUAAGGUUCAAGGGUCAGAAAAACUAUUGAAAAUGGGCUAGUAAAAAUGACCCCUCGAACUUCAACACGGAAAAUUGCUAAAAUGCACGCGGAGGGUAUCAACGCAUACCGCUGAUAAAUUGGGAAUCUCUUUUGCACUGAGUAUGUGGGCACUGAAAACAGCCAAAAACACAGGACUGGAACCUUAAAGCUGGUCUUGGACCCAAAUUAUAAGGACGGCUGGUGCGGAAACGACAGAUGAUGUCUAUCAAAGAGACACUUUACUCGCUACGUAGAAAUAAAGCCCAAUAGACAAAUUCGUCCUGCUAUUAGACAGCCUAUGCAUGUGUAAAUCCUUCAGAUUAUGCACAUACCGUAAGAAUUGCUUUCGACGUAAAAGUCUGUUCCAAUUAACCAGGGCUUCCGGGCACGCAGAUAAACAAGUUCGGAUAGCAUAGAAAGCGUUAGACGAGAGCAACUGCCUGUAGACUACACGUGGAACCCUGUCCACCAAUAAAAACUGUGGCAAAUUACGGCGACGAAUGCUCCUUGGACCCCAAUGAUUACCGCGUUACCUUUUCGGUUUUCCAAGGUUGAUUAAGUCUGUAAUUCAAUCUUUGUAUAAGCAAUUGAAAACCACGUCCAACGGUUGUCCAGAUGAACAAAAAAUCUUACCAGUUGAACUUAGAACAGCAGCAGCAUCUUACUUGCACAUUGUCAAAAAAUUUCAACUCAGAUGUUAGUCCCGAUAAACGAGCCCGCAAUUCAGAUAUAAGACAGAGGUAUAAACGUAGGAGUUUGUCAGAAAAUCAGGAACUACAGGGUAUCCUGCUGCUUUCUGCGAGGAUGCGCACGAGUAUGACACCAAAGAUGGACGGCGUAGUACUCAGAAGAGAUCUAGAAAAGGGCGGCUAGGAGCAGGGCAGCUAACGGAUGGAAAACCAACAACUGCUAAAACAGCGCGACCCGGACGUCAAUACUUCGACUGCAGAAAAGUGCUGAUAACAAAAGAACCAGAAACUGGGAUGUGAGAAGCGAGCUAGAACCAAUAAAACAUGGAGAAACGGGAAAGGUGAAAAAAUAACAAAUCGAUGAAAUUGGGGUGACAAAACAUGCAUAAAGCACGGAAAGGGCAAGCAGUUAUUGCGCAUUUACAAACGGCAUCAAAGCAUUGAAAAACGAAAGUAAGGAAGUGGUGUGCUACCGCCAUAAUGGCGGUAAACUCAGACUACAGACCUAAAAGAUGGAUAGUCCCUAACUCUGCGCAGCGCUACCAAACGGGACGGUGAUCUAAACCGUCUAUACCAAUCAAGCUUGGAAACACAACCACUUCCGCCUCAGCUAAGGUGGCCGGACAGGUUUUCCGACACAGAAUUCUUGCAACGGACCGAAAUCUUCAGCAUUCACACCAUGUUGAGGCAAAUUUAACUGAACUGGAACGGCCAUCUGUCAAGAGUGUACGACGGCCGUCUAUCCAAGGCGCUCUUCUAUGGUGACGUCGCUACUGGUGCUCGCCGACAAGGACAAGAAAGACGCCAUAAGGACAUCCUGAAGACCUUGUUCAAGCAUUGACAAAUCAACCCCGAGACCUGGGAGGACCUCGUUCGGGAUCGAUCGGAGAAGAGAAAAACAGUGAAGACUGACGGAUAGCCGAUCCUAAAGCCAAAAAGAGUGGCUCACAUGGGUAAGGUGCCUCCAGACCACAAUGUAAACACCCAAAUCCUUCCAACAUACCCACGCUACCAGCGAACAUUACGCGUACAGAAAGACCUCGUCGGGCAUCUCUGGACCCAGAGCAACAUCACCCUCACAAUUCCAUCUGCCGCCUCCAGAAACACUCCCCCAUCGUCACCCCCGCACCACCUUCUGCGGCGACCACUAUCACGGCCACCAUCCGUGAUCACACUCCUGAUGCCUCGACGCCUCAGCCAGCGUCGUCGACACCCGUCACCUCUACCAUCCCUCCCACAACUCCCUCGACGACUACCACCCCUUCAAUCUCCACUACCGGUAAGAAUGACGUAAAUGAUCAUGUUCUCAAGGACUAACGAGUGAUAUUACAUGAGCCCUAAGUACUAAGAGUAAUAGGUAAGACCGGCUGGUGAAUAAAAUUGACAUUCAUCACCACAUACCUCCUCAGCAGCACAUGUCACAUACAAAUCCAUCCGUCGUCAUCCACUAACAAACACGGAACCGGCACUUCUCACGAAGUGGAAGGAUUAUUCUUGGUCCCCUCCUUAUCUGGCCUAUGCUGUACCCUUACGCUUGUGAGAACCGGGCAGUCCACUCCCUUUGUGUGAAAUUUCGGUGUUUGUUGGGGUCAGGUUGUGUGGUGCACGCAGGCGGGCUGUUUCGACUCCGCCAAUUGCUGCGCCCAAUCUCAGCCUCAACUGGAUAACCAGUUCGGACAGUCGACUGGUGCAAGUGAGAGGAAAGAGAGGGUGAGGUCGACUCUCAGUGCCUAUUCUUCAAUAUAAACCAUAUGACGCGCUUAAAUAGAUUACGGCGCACUAAACGUCCUGACUUGGAAGGCUGCCAACUGACGGGAAACGACACUUAUGGACGAGGAAAUGCUGCCGUCGACUAUACCACACUAUCAUCGACAUAUGGUGACCCCUUGCGAACGUUAACCUUCCUUCUUCCCAAUCUACGAUAUAGUCAGGCGUCACCAAUGACAACUAUCCACCGAAAGUGCUGCUUAUUUUGGUACCUGCUUCUGGUAUUCUUUCGGCUGCACACUUUACUCAGCUGGCCGAACGGCUUAUGGAGAUGCACGGUUUUUCCAAGCCAUGGCUCUCCGCUCUCUCAACUUCCUCAAUUUCUCCUGUCUCCUCUCUCCAACCUGAAGUCUGUGAUUGCAAAAAUUGCCCAAAAUAUGACUUCUCUUCGAGAACCGCCAGUUAUUCGCUUCUACUGGUAGCAGCCAGCUCCUUUAUCAUCCCAGAGUUCACCAAGGCCAUCUAACCGGCAUGUCUAGUUUACACAUUCAACUCGUUCCAACACUGCCGCCACCUGCUGGUAUCACACCACCUUUGGUGCUUAAGCCUGUUGCUACAUCUACCCCUGCUCUUUCAUCUCUAAAGAGAAUAAACGGGUCAGCCCAAAGAUCAGUGCGACAACUCUUCGUGGAAACCCUAACCCCGGUCGCACAUAUUACGUCCGCGACAACUGGAGUGGCAGGCGUCUCUUGGUCAAUACUGGUGCGCAGCUGAGUGCCAUUCCUCGCACCGCAGGCGGUCGUUGGUGCCCUAAUCCCAGUCUCUUCCUUCAGGCCGCCAACACCUCGCCAAUCGCCACCUGCUUAUUCUCGCCGCCUCGCGUCUGCACGUCUUGCUGCCGCCAAGGCAGAGUUCGAGCACAUGCUUCAGGGGGGCAUCAUCCAUGAAUCUGAAAGUCCAUGGGCCUCACCCCUCCAAAAUUACGAUUGAUCAUGGUGCUCAGUUUGAAUCUGACCUCUUGGAGUCUCCUUUCUCCUUUUAGAUUGUACUCGCAUCCGCACUGCAGCCUAUCAUCCGGCGGCCAACCAGAUGGUCGAGCGGUUUCUCUGUCAGUUAAAGGCAUCCCUACGUGUCACAGACGAUCCGGAUAACUGGAAGGCCCACCUUCCCCUGGUCCUGUUGGGCGUCCGCUCCUCUCUCAAGCCGGACUUUGACUGCUCCGCCUCUGAACUGGUGCUCGGCACCACUGUCCGACUUCCUGGUGAGAUGAUCCCGCCAUCCAUCGAGAUGAGGUCGAAGAUCCCACCAACCUCCUGCGCCGUCUUCGGAACUGAUGUGGACACUCCCCGGUUCCGCCCAGACCAUCUGUUUCCAAGUCUUACCUCGAGAAAAACUUGGCGACGUGCUGGCGACGUCAGGUCCGCCAGCCACUGAAACCAUCCUACGACGGCCCCUUCCGAGUUACCUCUCGUAGGACAAUGAACUUCCGCAUCCAACGCGGAACUCGCGAGGAGAUCGUGAGCAUGGAUCGUCUCCGAGCUGAUUUCCCAAACACUCUUCCGGAUGAGCCCUCUGGUUCCAUACCCCCUGCCCCAUCUCCUCGACCCUCUAUCGCUCCGUCCCGUAUCCUCCCUCUUCCCCCAUAG